AACUGUCAUCAAUGUCACAAUAUAAAAUGGAUUUUACAGCAGCAUAACAUAAAUAACAAAAUGAGUUUCAAAAUUUCAGUUAUCCAUCCCGCUUAACCUCCUAACCUAGUAUAUCUUGAACCAUGAUCCAGCGCGACGGGUGAACUAUGAGUACUCACAGUGGUCAAUGCAUUUCAGCUAGAGCUAUUUCGGAGAUUUUGGACAAGAUUCAGAAGGAGGCGUGUACCACGGGGUGCGGGGCGCAGUCCCCCCCCCGGAUGUCACCCCACAGCUCCCCAGGGGACUCCGGGCCCGCCUCGCCCCCCUGUGAGCUUGACUCCAAAUGCGACUAUGGCGGGCCGCUCGCCUCUCUCAACCACCUCGUCUAUUUGAGCAUCGUCGUUGGCAUCGUGAUCGUGUUAUUUGUGUUCUUCCACGAGCACAUCAAGCGCGUGGGGCGCGGCGUGCGCGACGCGUGCCUGGGCUCGUGCCGCCAGCACUGCCUGCCGCCCGGCGCCGACGGCACGCAGCGACCCGCCGCCGACUGUGCGUGCGCCGCCUGCCCCUGCUACCACGUGCUCAGGAUCAAGAGAUUAUUUGGAAGUGUUCCUGCGAUACAGGUAUCGACAAGUGGAGCACAGUCACCAGCACCAGGAGUCAAAAGUCAGUACCAUGCAAAAUGUCAAGAUUCUACAGCAAAAGGUCAGACUGGUCCCUGCAAUGUAGAUGCCGAUAAGAAAAAAGAUGAUCAAAACCCAAAAACGGAUCAGAAAAAAACAGAAUCAACAGAUCAGAAGGCACCUUUAAAAAUAAAAGAAGGUCCACCGACAGAUACGAAGAAAGGUGCCCCGUGUAUUGCAACUGAUUGCAAAUUAGAUAAACCAAAAACUCCAGAUAAGACUCCUGGAGUAUCUCCUUCACCUUCAACUAAAGAUACUAAACCCAAGCCUGAAAUACUUUGUAAAAAAGAUAACAAAGAUGAAAUUCCUCAGAAACAGGAGGGGGCUUGCGAGUCUUGUGCCAAGAAAGGUGAAAUUUGCAUAAAAUCUUGUCCGCACAGUAAACAAAAUAAAUGAUUACUUAAGUUAUUCAAGUACCUACUCAUGCUACGCUAAGAUUAUGAUAUUAUUGAGUCACCAACUUGGUGACCAAUAUACGGAAAACUGGAACAAGAUCAGUUUGAAAGCCUCGAAGAAGAUGAAGAUGAUGGAUCAGAAGAAGAAAUCUCCACACAGACAGAAACAGAUUCAAAUGCUGGAGGACUUCCCGAAAACCGAAUAACAUCUCAAGAACCAAUAGUUCUUGAAGAUGUGCCUUCCCCGGAUUCCGUCGCAUCACUUGCAAAGUCCGAAGGCUUUAGUCCUGUAGACUCAAACACAUCCAGCAAUAAACUAUCUAAUCAACUAAUUAAUAAAACCUUCACAGAUUCACUUUCUCCCAAAUCUUUCAAAGAUAAUGUACAAGAAAAAGAAAAAGACCAAGAAAAUAAAGUAAAUACCAGUCCGUCAUCAUCUUAUUCAUCUUCGCAUAAAAAACCAACUGUUUUUCAACGUAAGGUAACUAAGUCGGACAAAUUUUUCAUACCAUCACCUCAAACAUCAUCCAAUGAUUUAAAAAAUAAUAAAACUGAGUCGAAAAGCCCUCCAGAAGUACUGAAAAGAGUGUCUGAUAAGAAAAGCAAUCUCUCUUCACAAAAUGCACCAGGAAAAAUCCUAGAUAAGGACAAGUCAGAUGAAGAUAAUAAGAAAAUUUCAACAAAUACUAAAGAACAGAUAAAUGGGCCGGGCGUUGGUGUGAAAUCAUCAUUUAUUCCUGUAAAGAUAAAAGAUGUGCCUGCACAAGGAACUGAUGAGUCUUCAUCUGAAAGCCGACCUUCGACGACCUCUACUGAUGAUGAAAGAGAAACUAAAAGUAUUUUACCGCCAAGUACCGAUGAGAAAGACACUAAACCAGUAACAGUAAGAAGCGCCUGCGCAACGUGCAUAAAUAAAGGAGAAGCUUGUGUGAAAGCGUGUCCCAAUAGGUAACGUCAGAUUAACUAUAUUGAUAGAACUUAAUUGAUACCUAAUUAUAUUGGAUUUGCAGAUCCUUAACCACUAGUACCUACAAACUAUUGACAAUAAUAUAUGAUUUUCAAGAAUAAAAAUG